UGGCCCAUAGAUAUUUAUAAUCUAUGUUCCCUUGGGUUCAAAAUUCCUCAAAUGCUUCCAGCGUGCGAUUUUCGUAGAUAAAUAUUGUAGGUCGUAUUCUGCGGGUAGAUAUUGAAGAUCUUCGGCGGCUGUUUACCAUUCCACCACCUCUCUGCUUGUUUUUCUUUUUCCAUACCCCACGAUUUGCCUUCUUUCCGUGUUGUUUUUCCUAUCUAAAACCCUAAGAUUUGCUUCAAUUUCAGUCUGUAUUUGAUCGUUUCUGCUGGUGUUGAGGAUUAUGGAUGUUAAGCUUUUGUCAUUUCCGGCCGAUUGCCCUCCACUCUCUGUCAUUGUGGCGGCCAAGAUUGCUGGUAUUACUUCUCCUGCAGAUUCUUCACUUCCUUCUGGUUCCGCUCCCACAUUUCUGUUCAGCAGCGGGCUGAAGUUGCAUGGAACGUCUGUGCUUCUACGUUAUAUUGGUCGAGUUGCCAACAUUCCUAAUUUCUAUGGACAGAAUGCAUACGAGUCCAGUCAGAUUGACGAAUGGCUAGAGUAUGCUCCUAUCCUUUCGUCUGGUUCUGCAUUUGAGAGUGCAUGCAGUUAUGUUGAUAAGUACUUGGAAAAAUGCACAUUUCUUGUUGGUCAUUCUUUGUCAGUUGCAGAUGUAGCUGUCUGGUCUGGUUUAGCAGGAACUGGGCAACGGUGGGAAAGCUUGAGAAAGUCAAAGAAGUACCCAAAUCUUCAACGGUGGUUUAAUUCACUCUUAGCAGAAUAUUGUGUUGACUUGGAUGAUGUCUUAACUACAUAUGUUGGCAAAAGAGGCGGAAAGUCUUCAGGAGCAAAAUUGAAGGAUCAACAGGGUCUCAGUCAAAAGACAAAUAGUGUCAGUCAGGACACCUCUGAUAAGGGGAAACAGGGAAGCAGAUCUACAUUUGAAGUUGAUCUUCCAAAUGCGGAGUUUGGGAAGGUGCGUUUGCGUUUUGCACCUGAGCCUAGUGGAUAUCUUCACAUUGGGCACUCAAAAGCAGCAUUGUUGAAUCAGUAUUUUGCCCAGCGGUACAAUGGUGAAGUCAUUAUCAGGUUUGAUGAUACAAAUCCAGCUAAAGAAAGUAAUGAGUUUGUAGAAAAUCUUCUGAAAGACAUUGAAACACUGGGUAUAAAGUAUGAAACUGUCACAUAUACUUCAGAUUACUUCCCUCAAUUAAUGGAAAUGGCUGAAAACUUAAUUCGUCAGGGUAAAGCAUAUGUUGAUGAUACUCCACGUGAGCAGAUGCAAAAAGAACGAAUGGAAGGCAUUGAAUCAAAACAUAGAAGCAAUAGUCCUGAAGAGAAUCUUAGGUUAUGGAAGGAGAUGAUAUUAGGAACUGAGAAGGGUUUACUUUGCUGUCUUCGUGGAAAACUUGAUAUGCAGGAUCCUAACAAAUCCCUUAGAGAUCCAGUGUAUUACCGUUGUAAUCCUAUUCCCCACCAUCGGAUUGGUUCCAAGUAUAAGAUAUACCCAACUUAUGAUUUUUGCUGUCCGUUUGUUGAUUCUAUUGAAGGCAUUACACAUGCACUUCGGUCCAGCGAAUACCAUGACCGCAAUGCCCAGUACUACCGAAUCCAGGAAGAUAUGGGUCUAAGAAAGGUUCAUAUAUAUGAAUUUAGCCGGUUGAACCUGGUGUAUACACUUCUCAGCAAGCGUAAGCUUUUAUGGUUUGUUCAAAAUGGGAAGGUUGAUGGGUGGGAUGAUCCCCGUUUUCCAACAGUACAAGGAAUUGUUCGAAGAGGUUUAAAAAUUGAAGCUUUAAUACAGUUUAUCCUUGAACAGGGGGCAUCAAAAAAUCUCAACCUUAUGGAGUGGGAUAAACUAUGGACCAUUAAUAAAAAGAUUAUAGAUCCUGUGUGUCCCAGACAUACUGCUGUUGUAGAAGAGCGACGUGUGUUAUUUACCCUUGAUAAUGGUCCAGAAAAACCAUUCGUCCGAGUAAUACCAAAGCAUAAAAAAUAUGAAGCUGCUGGUGAAAAAUCUACAACUUUCACAAAGGGGAUAUUGAUUGACCAAGUGGAUGCGCAAUGUAUCAAGGUGGAUGAAGAAAUCACCUUAAUGGACUGGGGUAAUGCAAUAGUAAAACGCAUCGAGAAGGACCAAGAUGGAUUUGUCACACAGAUGUCCGGAAUUUUACAUCUCGAAGGUUCUGUAAAGACCACAAAGUUGAAGGCCACUUGGCUGCCAGAUAUAAACGAACUAGUCACCCUCUCGCUUAUGGAGUUUGAUUAUCUAAUCACAAAAAAGAAGCUCGACGAAGGAGAGGAUUUUCUUGAUGCAUUAAAUCCAUGCACGAAAAAGGAGACAGUUGCUCUGGGGGAUUCAAACAUGCGAAAUCUAAAGCGUGGAGACAUAUUGCAGUUAGAGAGGAAGGGAUAUUUCAGAUGCGAUGUUCCAUAUGUCAGGCCAUCGAAACCGAUAGUCCUAUUCGCAAUCCCAGAUGGCAGGCAACAGGCAUGUUUGAAGUAAAAUCUCUACCAAUUUCGUCAGAGUCAUUGUUUGAUAUCUAUGCAUAACUCUUUUUUCCCAUAUUCUGGUGUCUUAGAUGGCAAUAGAUUUCCAUUUGGCCUAUCAAAUACAGAUUAUAGGGCUUGAGAAAUUUCAGAAUGACUUAUAACAGCUUUAUUUUACUCUCUAGAACAUGUGUUUACUGCGUUCAAGUAUGGGAUUCAGAGUAGAAUAGAACACAUAUCAAACGAACAUUGAUAUCUUUAGGAUUAGCACAAGUAUGUUGAAAGAAACAUGCAUUGAAAUUACAGUGUUUAUCUGAAUGAAGCCUUAGUUUUUGUUUA